AUGACAGCAGCUUCUUCCGGGCGAGAUCUCGGGGUGCACUCGUACUACCAGGGGAAAAUCGACGAGAUGGAGCUGGUGGUGAGGGAUCGGACGCAGAACCUCGAGCGGCUCAAGGCGCAACGCAACGAGCUGAACGCCAAGGUCCGGCUAUUGCGAGAGGAGCUGCACCACCUGCAGGAGUCGGGAUCGUACGUGGGGGAGGUGGUGAAGGCCAUGGGGAAGAAGAAGGUCCUGGUGAAGGUGAAUCCCGAGGGAAAGUACGUGGUGGACAUCGACAAAGACAUCGAUGUCAACAAGUGCACACCCAACACGCGCGUCGCUCUGCGCAACGACUCGUACGUCCUCCACAAGAUUUUGCCGACAAAGGUGGACCCGCUGGUGAGCCUGAUGAAGGUGGAGAAGGUGCCGGACUCAACCUACGACAUGAUCGGUGGGCUGGAAAAGCAGAUCCGGGAGAUCAAGGAAGUAAUCGAGCUACCUAUCAAGCAUCCGGAGCUGUUCGAGUCGCUGGGCGUCGCUCAGCCCAAGGGCGUCCUCUUGUACGGACCCCCCGGGACGGGGAAGACGCUCCUGGCACGGGCCGUGGCACAUCACACCGACUGCACCUUCAUCCGCGUGUCGGGGUCGGAGCUGGUGCAGAAGUACAUCGGGGAGGGGUCGCGCAUGGUGCGCGAGCUGUUCGUCAUGGCGCGAGAGGCGGCCCCAUCGAUCAUCUUCAUGGAUGAGAUCGAUUCCAUCGGCAGCAGCCGGGUGGAGGGCAGCGAGGGGGGGGACUCGGAGGUGCAGAGGACGAUGCUCGAGCUGCUCAACCAGCUCGACGGCUUCGAGCCGACGCAAAACAUCAAGGUGGUGAUGGCGACAAACCGCAUCGAUAUCCUCGACCCCGCCCUCCUGCGGCCCGGACGUAUCGACCGCAAGAUCGAGUUCCCGCACCCCACGCUCACGUCGCGCAUGGACAUCAUGGGCAUCCACUCGCGCAAGAUGAACCUUUUGCGCGGCAUCGACCUCAAGGUCAUCGCGGAGAAGAUGCCGAGCGCCUCCGGCGCGGAGUGUAAGGCGGUGUGCACAGAGGCGGGUAUGUUCGCGCUACGGGAACGGCGCAUCCACGUGACGCAGGAGGACUUCGAGAUGUCGGUUGCGAAGGUCAUGAAGAAGGACAGCGACAUGAACAUGUCCAUCCGCAAGCUGUGGAAGUAGAUGGAAGGUCGAUUUGUUGCACUGGGAGACGACCAAUUUUGUUUCUGUUCUUCCCGUUUUGGCUGUUUUUUGUGGCUGAGUUGGUUUUCUUGAUGCCUUGGAGAGAAAGCGCCUCGUGUAGUUUGUUUUUCGGCUGAAGUUGUGUACAGCUCUCGUUUGGUCGUGGCAGUAUUGAUCGAGAUAUUGGUGGACAACCGCAGUUAGAGGAGAACGGGCGUUGUCUUGUUUGUACCUUUGAAGAUGGGUCGCAACAGCGGUACUGUUUGUUCGAGGUUUUGUCGUCAAUUUUUUUGCCGAAGACCAUGGGGUUUGUGUCCGAGCUGCCCUUCGGGAUCUAGCUUUUAUGAUGGCGGUCCCGCGUGUUGAGCGAGAUGAACCAGCAGGCUGUACUGUAGCAGCGGCGAGUAUGCUUAUUCUGCAUGGCUCUAGGGGGCGGUGACAAGAAAUGUGCGCGGAGUUUCGAUGUGCAAAACCAGCUCGUUGUUACUCUGGCACAAACGCUUACAAGAGACGCCAAACGUUUGCGGGGUUCGGGCUUGACCGAGAAAAUCAAUAAAAAACAUGACACACCAAGGCGUGGUUGAUUGUUUGGGCGCGACCCGCGAUGUGUCCGAGCGCUCAUGUGGGUCUGGCGGAAGCAUGUGCUACCUUAUGCCGCCACCCUGUCG